UUUUGACUGAGUCAUCGUAUGGUUUCAUUGAUUUUCGGAAGUUAUUAAUUAAUUUUAUCUUUGAUACUCCAUAAUACAUACUGAACUAUUAAAAACAACGUAGAAAUGACUAUUUUUUCAGAGUUGACCAAGCAAAUGCAUCUUGUAAAAGACUUAAUAAUAGCGGACAUGAUGUGUGGUGCGGGAGAUACCGUGAGAGAUGAAGAGUAUUUCUCCAAACAUGUUCUGGCCACGAAGAACUGGUUCACCAGGAUAUCAUGCGCGAAUAAGAAGCGUUUCCUACUUGCGCUAUUGGAAGACGUGCGCAGCGCGUGGACACUAUCCUGUCUGCUGAAAUCUAUUUGGAACUGCCAGCCUAAAGAUGCUUUCCAAUCUGCACAUCAGGCAAAACCGUGGAGCAGUUAUGACCAAGUGCCAAUGGAUCACAACAGAACAGCUCUGCCUGUACAAACCCUGGCCCAAGUCAUGAAGAACGACCGCGUUUGGGUUCUUUCAUUAGAGCCACAACUACAAGCCGUAGUCCUUCUGGAACUGUUGUCGCUGUCAGGAGGGCCCGUGAUGUGGGCUGUCUUCCACCGGGCCCAGAUUCUGUACGAGAGGUACCGUGAGGACCAGCUGAGGAAUCUGCAGGAAUGUAUCGUAGUCAUGAAUGACAAAGAUAAGGAAAAGGACGCAACUUCGUCUGACAAGGGCAAGAAAGAUAUCCCAGCCAAAUCCAUUAAUUAUGAUGCAGAUUUCGAUAUGAAACCAAGCCAACCUCCAGGACAAGCUCAAAAAGAGUUGGACGCUAACUUAGCAAUAUGGAACUCGACAAUUAAGGCAAUGCGAGACAGCCUGAAGCUGGAAGAACUGGAGAUGACCUUCACGGACGGCACCAAGAAGAACAUAUGGAAGGUCAACCGACCGAAACCUGAGACCAUUGAGACUGAGUGCUAUAUCCAACUUCUACCAUCAGAAGUGGCUAAGCGUAUCCUCUCGUACAUACCACAAGCCCAGCUUACAGAUUGCGCCCGAGUGAACAAGUACUGGGCAUACCUCAUAGAUGAGUACAGGAUAGAACAGGCCACUCAGCAACGGCUGGAGGCGGAUUUGGAGAAGUUGCAGGACCUGAUGCUGCGUCAGAAUUUGAGCAUAGACGUGAUGGUAGAGCCGAGAGAUACUGUGGUGCGCAACAACAACAUCUCGUGCGGUGUUCCCAGCAUUGCGCCGUCGAUCAGGGUCAAGGGGCAAGCGACGAGCGGCAGCGUACGCCACGCGGCCAGCUUCAAGUCCAGCGAACGGUCUGCUGGCGCGUAUUCCUUCAAGAAUUUAGGCAUGGACAAGCUGUCCAAGCCAUUUCUGGAUAUGAAGCCUUUACGAAACCUAGCAGAGCUGUCAGAGAGGCUUGAAAGCCGGGGGGCAGCCGAUGAAAACCUGUGGCAAUGGUGCGAGAAUAUUCUGAAGAAUCAUAAAUAUCGAAAGGCAAAACGUUUAGUGGAAGGCAUAAUACCCCAGGACAAUGCUCACUUCCCGUGUCCCAUGAUGAAGGAAACCUUAGAUGUCCCCCUGAAUCCGCCUCUCCUCAAAGAUCCUGUUAACAAACAAAAAUCAACCAAACCUAAACCGAAAAAGAAUAUAUCGAAUGCUACAGUAGUAGCUGUUCCCUUGAAGGACACAGAGAAACGCUUCAGCCUUUGGAGCAGAGAUUUCUCAUGUCUAUUCCCGGUUUUCAAGAUACCUUCGCACGCGUCACCUGUUUGAUAUUUUUUGUAAAUGUAAAUUUAUCUUUAUUUGUAAUAUUUAUCUUUUGUUAUUUAUUAUUAUCUAGUUACUUAAUUUUUCUUAUUAAAAAUGUUAUUCAUA